AUGGACCGUGGGAUUGGCGAACUCGGACAUGGAGAUGUGGACCCUUCUUGUCAUGUGUGGGAUGUUUCCAAUGAUCGGCCAUCGCUUCGGUCCUGGAGGCAACGGCAGUGGGCGGUGUUUAGAAGCUGCAGAGGCGGAGAGAAAUCGGGAAAGGGUGAUGACGAGGAGGAUGGUGAUGGAGAGUGGGAGGAGGAAAAGAUAGAUAAGUACUAUUUUGGUAAUUGGAUAUGGGCUGUUGUUGGACCAAAGAUAUCUGCUGGGCUUUAUUUGUAG